AUGAAUUAUGAAAGAAGUGAUGUCUUGUGGAGGAGCUAUGGUGAGACGCCAAGCUCAAGGUUGAUUGGGCAACCUAUUGCAGAACCCUCCAGCUCACAUCUCCUAAUAGGAGCCAUCUUCCUCAUUCAACAUUUGAAUAUUUUUGGAAGCCACGUGUACUGUGCCAUAUUGCCAACCUACCCCACCUUCGCAUCUACCCUAUCUUCAACUCUCACCCUCGUUUGGAGUAUCUUCACCAUUGUAAUGCACAUGACCCGCACAGUACGGCUUUGUCACCCCCGAGGCUCACCUGGUCUUCUGAAGGGAACCUUUGUAGCAUCGCCUCACAACCGCGCGUUCGCAUGGAGAAAUCCGUUAAGCAGGAAGAAGACACUAGCCCGUACAUUCUCAAUAUCUUCCAGCGCCAGUCACCCCUGGGAAAGCGGGCGAGAAUCUCCUGAGCUACGUAGACGUGCGAAUUGGCAUAGUUACAUACGAGCCUGCGUUGACGAACACAAUAACAAUAAGUGGGGCUUCCUGAUAUACCGUUGCGAUUACAGCUCUGAAGACGCCUGGGCUAAAUUCAUGUCGAUCUAUCAAUGGAAUAUGAGGGAAGCCCUCGAGGUUCUGAAAGCAACAGAUUUGUUACCCUCACUGGAAUGGACCGUGAAGGAAGAUCGAAAGACUCUCGACCAGGCGAGCGUUGACCAGGUCCGAGAAAUCUUCAAGAGCUGGGUCGAAGGAGACGAAGCCAAGGAAGAACUACGCGACGCACCGCACCCGGGUCCUUCCCGGUACGUGAGGUAUACGUACUGCGUGCAUGUUGAUGCGGAUGCGAUUGAUUCUGUCGUAAACCGCGCUCCACAGCCUCCCAAAUCUGACCACAAAAAUAUUGGAUACGUGAAUCUCGUGCGACUCCGUCCGAGUGAUAUGAUACCCUACGGCGGUCUACCCAUUGAUCCUGAGGAUGAAGAGCAUGAUAAGGAUGAGGGAGACGAUAAUUUUGUGAAGGUUGGUCUUAGUUCUCUAGACCCAGAACGCUAUGGGACACUGGAGAGCGCUUAUUUCUGGGACUUAAUGACGAGGUACCGCCGAAAGGAGGAUGUCGUGCUUGCAAAUGAGCCAUCUCUGCCGACUUUUCCCUACCUUAUGGUUUGA